GUGGUGGCGUGCGGCGUGGGACAAGGCACCGCGUAAGGUGUGAUUACCGAGAAGAUGAAGAGCUUCUGAGCAAGCUGUCAGUGAGAGGCCUGUGCCAGGACUGGAGGAAGGCAUUCCGUCAUCUUCCUGUAUCUGAUGCUGGAGGGUGAUGCACACAGCUGGUUCACAGCGGUCACUGCAGAUGCACCUUGAAGACAUAAGGUGCCAGACCCAAGUCAUGAUCCUGCGAGUCAUCUCCCUGGAUGCCCUUCUGAGCCCCCAUGGAAAUGGGGCCAUCAAGGUGGGCCACAUGUCAACGUAUGUCCAGUUUGUCCAGACACACAGACCUUCUGGAGAGUACAUGUUUUAGUUUGAUGAGGAUGAGCAGUUCUAUGUGGAUCUGGAUAAGAAGGAGACCAUCUGGCAUCUGCCAGAGUUUAUUCGUGCCUUCAACUUUGAUGCUUGGAGGGGUAUUGCUGACAUUGCCACGGCAAAGAAGAACCUGAACACUCUGAUCCAACAGUCCAACCACACCAGGGCCACAAAUGAGCCACCUGAGGUGGCCGUGUUUCCCAAGGAGCCUGUGGAGCUUGGACAGCCCAACACCCUCAUCUGCCAUGUGGACAAGUCCUUCCCACCUGUGCUCAAUGUCACAUGGCUGUGCAAUGGGCAGACGGUCACCAAAGGUGUGGCCGAGAGCAUCUUCCUGCCUAGCACAGAAUUCAGGUUCCACAAGUUCCACUACCUGACCUUCAUUCCCACGGCUGAAGAUGUCUAUGACUGCAAGGUGGAGCACUGGGGCCUGGACCAGCCGCUCCUUCAGCACUGGGAGGCCCAGGAGCCUAUGGAGGUGCCUGAGACAAUGGAGACUGUGGUCUGUGCCCUGGGCCUGGUGGUGGGUGUGGCAGGCAUCAUCACUGGCACCAUCAUCCUGAAGACCAGGAGGCUCGACAACAUCCCUGGGUGCAGGGGCCCCUGUGAGUUAUCCCAGAGCUGGGGGUACUAGGGGCACAGUGCAAAAGAGGAGGCAACAUGGUAUGGGUAGUGGGCAGGAAGGACAAACACUUCAACAGGGGUUCUUUGAGAACUUCGCAUUUCAGAAUCACUGACCUAGAUUAAAAUAAUACAAUGAUAAAGAACAUUAGUUGAGUUGCUUACUAUUUACUAAGCUCUAUUCUAUAGGCUUCUUAUGUAUUCAUUUAUGUUUGGAGGUUGAUACCAUUAUUUCCCCAUCAGAGCGGGAAGCAGACACGAGGAGGGUGAAGGAAUCUGUCCAAGGUCACACAGCUUGAAAGGUACAGAGUCUGGAUUUGGACUCGGGCAUUGGGGUUCCAGAGCUCCGUCUUAUGCAAUAUGUAGAUUAUAUCAUCUAUGGCCAUUUUCUCUCUCCCUUACAAUCUUCAUAGCCUUGAUUUUCUUUUGUUGUCGAAGUGAUGUCUAGAACCUUCAAUACUAUGUUAAACAUUUGUAAUAAUAAAGGAUAUCCUACCUUUUGCAUAAUCUUAAAACGAAUGGAUUUAAUUUCUCCAUAGAUAUAUUUGCUAUAGAUUUUUGGUUUAUAAUCCUUGCCAUGUGGUAAAAUUGAUCAAAUUCUGUUUAUGCAAGUAUUGAGUUGAAUUCAUUUGAAGUUAAUAUGAAUGUUAUUCUUUGGUUUAUUGACUUUUUGGGUCAUAUUAUAGAUUUUCUGACAUUGAAACUUCACUGCAUUCCUAGGUAUUUUGUGUGAUCGCAGCCUACUGAUAUAAAGUAAUGAUGGUGAUCAGCUAGGAAUGCCUAGGGGCACUCGCUUGGGUCCCUACUACUUGUAGUGACAGGAGCCAAUGUUGUGGCCCGAUUGGCCCUUGUGGUUCUUAUGACUGCAAGACAAUCCUCAGCAACGACCAUUAGGGAACUUUGAAAAAAACAAGGUUUAUUAAUUUAUUACUCACAAGUCCCGGAAGGCACUUGGCAUGCCCAGAGCCACAA